GAUACAGCAAACUGGGUACUUAUCACAGAGAUGCAUAACAUGGAUGACAUGAGAUGGGCGUUUGACACUCUUAAGUAAUCCUGGAUGAACACUUACGCAGGCAUCGACAUCAGACCGAGCAGCGUUAAAUAAUCAGCCAAUGAACGCGUGGUGCCCCGUCGGUAUAAAAACCUGUGACAGCCCGCGCAGCUCGCCGAACUAAGAAUGAGUAGCACACAGCCACUGUCGGGCGCGCGGAUGGCGCGGCAGCUUUUACGCGCUGACUGUCAUGCAUAAUUGCUUGUUGACCAAGGAAAGCGGCGGCAACACCAUGCAGUCCUCUUUAUUGUCCGUGGCUCACUCUCCCGGGAUACCUACGGCUGUUUCAUUCAUUUGGAAAUCAGGAAAUCCGCAGUCGUCCAACUGGACGGGGCUGGAGAGAGAAAACGCGUCUAGUGUCGGCGACUUGAACACAUUUGAUAACCGGCGCGCACAGUAUGGCCAGUUCACUCCAACCACCUCAAUAUUUCUGACUGUUCUCAUGACACUGCUGGUGUUUGCCACGGUUCUCGGGAACGCGCUUGUCAUCUUAGCUUUUGUAGUUGAGAAAAGUUUACGCACACAAGGCAACUUUUUCUUUUUAAAUUUGGCCAUAGCGGACUUUCUUGUCGGCGGGUUUUGCAUCCCCGUGUAUAUCCCCUAUGUCCUGACGGGUGAGUGGAGGCUGGGCAGAGGGCUGUGUAAACUGUGGCUGGUAGUGGAUUAUAUGCUAUGCACCGCCUCAGUCUUCAACAUCGUGCUCAUCAGUUUCGACAGGUUUCAGUCCGUCACUAAAGCGGUGAGUUACCGUUGCCAGAAGGGGAUCACCAGAGAGGCUGUUUUGAAGAUGCUCUGCGUGUGGCUGGCAGCAUUCCUUCUUUAUGGUCCAGCUAUUAUCAGUUGGGAACACAUCGUAGGAGGAAGUGUAGUGCCAGAUGGAGAGUGCUAUGCUGAAUUUUACUUCAACUGGUAUUUUCUGAUGACUGCCUCAACUGUCGAGUUCUUCACACCUUUCAUAAGUGUCACUUAUUUCAACCUCAGCAUUUACAUCAACAUCCGCAACAGAUGCGCAGUGAGAGAAGAACAGCCGACUUACAUUCGGCUUAGGAGCUUCAAGAUGAGGCCGCUCAGAGCCGGCGAUGUACAGCGUGUGUUUUUUGUGAGGCCCAUAGAGGAAAGAGGGGUCGUGAAUUUGUCCUCGAGGUCACGAUGCUGUAGAUUAGCUUCUACUGCAAAGGUGUCCACCGCCGAGUUUGGCAAUGGCAGACAGACUAAACGAAGAGACAGCACCAUUGCAGAUUUGCCUCCUCUGCAGGUCGGAGAGCGGCUCCUGCCAUCCAGUGAGGCACAGUUUCAUUACGUAGAUCAUUCGGGUGGAUCACACAGACACCGUCCUGAUACGGUUGCCAGUCUAGCCAGCCGUUUCCGCUUAUCUAGAGAUAAAAAGGUGGCAAAGUCUCUAGCUGUAAUAGUUUGUGUUUUUGGACUCUGUUGGGCACCCUACACGCUGUUGAUGAUCAUUCGGGCAGCAUGUCACGGUCAGUGCGUCCAACACUACCUUUAUGAGAUCUCGUUCUGGCUGCUGUGGAUAAACUCAUCCAUCAAUCCAAUCCUGUAUCCUCUCUGCCACAGCAGCUUUAAAAGAGCCUUCAGCAAAUUACUGUGUCCGAGCAAAACAAAAAUACAACCUCAGAACAUUGACCAGAAGUAUUAAAUUUAUGAGGAUGACCACAUAUCCAAAUGGGCUCCCCCCCCCCCCAGUUUAAUGUGCUUGUAUCUAGCAGUACUGAACAGUAGCACAACAUUUUCUUUGUCUACAUUGUUAUUGAAAAGACAAAGACCUUUUAUCCACUUAUUCAAAUUCACAUUUUUGUAUGAAAUCGUGGCAUAGCCAUAUUUCCUCCAAAUUCAAUGAUGUAUUAUUUAUUUAUGUACAAAUGUGUCUAGCGCAGUGCCAUGUUUGCCUUUGUAAGUAAUUUUAUAAAAAAAAAAAAAAAAUGUUUUCAAAAUAAACCAUACUGGUGAUGUUAUGAACAUAAUGGACUAAUAUACCUUUUGAAACCACAGUCUACAAUGAGAACAACUGAGGUGAUAUAGAGCAGACUGUCCGUGAUAAUUGUAUACUGAUUCUACAUGACAGAUGUACAGGGAUUGCUGGCAAAGCCUGUAGUUCCCCUAGCAACCGCGGGACGGACUAAAUACAGAGAAACGCAACUCAUUUCUAAUAAUUAUAUCAAGGUAACCAAUUUAUUAUGGAUUAUUUCAGGGCUUAUAGCAAAGUCUGAACACUUGUAUCUAAUCAACGCUUGAGAUUCUGUUUAAACUGUCAGAUACAGAAAACCUAUAGACUAUUAAUACUAUUAAGACUUGUAUAUAUUAAAUCAUAACCAAUACCUGUACCAACAUUCACUUCAAAAUCUGGCUUCAAGGUAUGCUUAAUAAACAAAAGAAACAGCUGAAGAAAGCAUGAAAUGAAAUUAAAAUAUAUAUAUAUAUUUUCUAAAUGCAUGUUAUUAUAGAUCUUAUUGUGAAUAUUUUUUUAAUCCAUUAUUGGAUUAUUUCAUUUAAAUUAUAUAUAUAUAUAUAUAUAUAUUUUUUUUUUUUUUUUUGGACCUUGUAAUGUUUAAUCAAAAUGUCACAGCUGGAUCUUCCAGUUAAAUCAACAGACUUCUCUAUGGUGACGUAUGCCAGACUUAUCUAAUCAUUUAUUCUGCUUGAACCCUGCCCUUCCACAAUCAACUUGCAUUCAUUUUUGAGUGCAACAUCCACAUCUCAAAAUUCAACAACAGUUGGGUCUCCACCAUACAUUUUUUUCCUUUUUCGAAAUUCCAUUAAACUCUGAUGUGUGUCAAAAUACGCUAAAAAAACCCAUCUGCUGCUACUUCCGUUGUCAUAGUGACUUUAAUUAUACAAAAUAGUACUUCUACAAGCCUCUGGGGUUAAUAUUUUUUAUUUGUGCAAAUGCCGUGAAAUCAAUGAUAUUUUGUUGUAACUGAUUUACAAUUAGAUUCUACAUACAAUAUAUGAAGGGAAAGGGAAUCAUUAUUCAAAAAAAAAGUAGACAAGAUGCAAGAGAAGGCUUCUGACAUUGUUUCGAUUCACAGCCACAGCUACUCAUUCAUUAAUAGAGUCUAUACACGUUCACCCAUUCCACGUAUUAGUCAACACACUGUCCCACUCCACCAAAGUGUCUGCCAUAAAGUAAAAGGGUGAGAAACAAGACUAUUCAUUAGUUACA